GAGAGGGAGAGAAAGUUGGUGAGAGACACAGAGGAGACAGGAGGGAGCACGGAGGGAGCACCCAAGGACUUUUGUUAAGGGACAUUGCUGGGACCAAGUCAGAUACUUCAAGUGUCCAGUCCAGCGCAAUCGGACUUCGAGAUGCUCCUGUGUGCGUACUCCAUCACCUUCUCACUCUUACUGCUCUCAUCAGAGGCACAAGAUGACCAAGAAAGCUGCAAAUCUGUCACCAUCGACCCUCCUCACCUGGUGGUAAGAUAUGGAGACCUAGCCCAGGCUAACUGCUCCACUGCAGGCCACCCAGGCAUGAUCGGAUGGGAGACGCCCGUGGGAGCAGUAACUGACAUGAAUAAGGCUAGUUUGCUUUGGAGCGUGGAUAACUUCACCCACUGGAGCUUGACUAAUAUCAUGUGUUACACACUUCAGGAAGCCGAUACACAGUGUGCAAAGACACUCCCCAUUACGCUAUACAAGCCUCCUGACAGUGUGUCCAUUCGAUCUUUAAGCACUACUGUGGAAGGCACAGAGCUGUAUGAGGAAGGAACUCAUGUCCAUCUGGAGUGCACAGUAUGGGACGUUGCCCCGGCCCGCAGAGUCAGGGUCACGUGGUAUGCAGGAGCUCAAAAAGUGCAAGAUGUCACGUUUUUGACAGCCGUGAAUGACAGUCAGAGUCUGCAGAAUGUGUCAACUACCAUGCAAGUCAUUCUGAGCAGAGAGCAGCAUGGGACCUACAGAUGUGAGGCCACGCUGGAGCUGGAAGGACUGCAGCCCUACCCCAGCGUGAGCUCGGAGCCAUACCAGAUAGCUGUGAUGUGUAUGUCUCUUCAUAUUUAUAUACACACAGACACACAGACAGACAGACACACGCACGCACGCACGCACCAUGAGCUUAGAGCCUCUCCAGAUCGUGAAGAGUAUGUCUUAUCACAUUUACUUGUGUACGGUACAGACAUCCAGAGACAGACACUAGAUGGCCCUGAGAUUAACUGCCCUAAGAAGAUCCAGGUGAAAGAAAAUGAGAAACUUCCCAGCUGUGCGGUGGGCAACCCCCCUCCAAAGGUCUUCUGGACGAGGGGCAACAACAUGGUGAUCCAAGAGGAGCCUCUCAGCAGGAACCAGGGAGGCCUCUACACUGUGCUGGCCAAGAACGAUGCCGGGAGAACCGCCAACCAGACGGUGGACGUGGAGGUUUUGUUUGGUCCGGAGGUCGCCUGUCCUAAGGAGCUUCAGGUGACGGAGGGCGAGACCCUGACUGGUUGCACCAUCAAAGGCAAUCCCACGCCAGUAGUGAACUGGUACAAAGACAAACUCAUAUUUGAUCCCAAAAGGACUUUGAGCAAAGCAGACAGUGGCAAUUAUUCACUGGUCGCCGACAGCACUAAUUCAUCACACGGUGUUUAUCACACGGUGUAUGUAGUCAUCAUCAGCAGAGGUAACGACAUUUCCAUCUCAAGUUCUUGUGUGCUUCUGAUGGUGUUACUGUGUCAUGUCUUUCCCUGGCUUUGAUUGGACCUACUAACAUCACUCAUGGAGAACAUAAACAUGUGAUUGGACGAUUGACAAGGAAUCAUUGAUGUCAUAAUGGAUGCUGUAGCAGUCUAUGAUGCACGGACUGCUGAGAACUCUUUGCACUUUUUCCUAAUUUACCCCAACCAUCUGAAAUGCUGUCAACACUCAAACCCUUAGCCACGAAGAACAUGUCUGGAUUGUCUGAACACCCUUUGUGCACAACUGUAUACCAAACCACGUUGCCUUACCUAUUAUAGGUAAUUCACACUUCCCGAUGCUAUUAACCUUGUAAAAAUAAUUCAAGCUUUGACUAAUACAGUUUAACAGGAACAGGCGGCUUUGUUUUUUAAAUGAACGUGUGUAGUUGCUUGUUGUCUGAGCACUGCAGAUACUCUCAAGUACUCACAGAGACUCCAAAACAAAGCUCUUUAUUAGUUUAGAAAAAUGAAUAUUCU